AUGCGACCAACUCUUUCUGUACUGAAAGUCGCGGUGCUAUCGCAACCUUUUAAGCGGUCGCAGCUUGGUAUCUUCCAGGGAAAAUCCAAGCAAUACGGCAACAACGUUCCCUUCUCCAAGCACAAGUCACGCAGGACAUGGCUUCCCAAUGUCCAAACGAAGCGUAUCUUUUCUGAUGCCCUAAACCAGUCUAUCAAGUUGAAGGUCACUACGAGAGCGUUGAAGACAAUAAAGAAGCACGGUGGACUCGAUAACUACCUCACAAAGGGGAUGAGGCCUUCAGAACUCAGUUACGAGGGAAUGCGGCUCCGCGUUGGUGUACUAGACGCCAUACGGACACCGCUACCCGCCAAUGCUCAACUACGAAAAUCCCCGGCGUUCCUCAAGGAGCAGAAGAAGACGGCAGGAAAGGCGAGACUUGCAGAGAUCAUCGAGGCGCAGAGGACCGCCCUCAGCCGGGUCAAGCUCAAUCAGAAGCCGACGCUGGAGGACGCGAGGAGGGUCAGGAUGGAGGUGAUGGAGACUCUGGGGCUGAAGGUGACGCCGGACCGUAAUAGGUGA